AUGUCUGAUACGUCAGAACGUUCCGAUAUUGGUUCUCCGGUCUGGGGGGCAACAACUGAGCCAGUCUGGCUUGGAGAACGCUCCCGUCAGCCGCGUGAAAAGAUAGACGACGCCGUAUGGGGGUCGCAAGAGCUGAAUGAGUUGCUAAAACGUGACAGUCAUGUUUCUGUCCCCCUCGACGAAAAUUUGAAGCAUCCGGACGAACUUGAGGUUAUUCACAAAUACUACUUGACAGGGAUGGGAUAUGGCCCUGGCACGAUGUUUCCAUCACCUCUCAAUCACCGACCUCUUAAUGGCACACACUCCUUAGGCAAUAUUUGUGACGAGGCCAAGUAUGUCAGCGGGGAAAUCUUUCGCGAGUGGAAGAUCCUCCGGGGGAGAAUACACGACAAGGAACAUAAUGCGGUUCUCACCAACGCCCUGGCGCACUUGUUCGAACACAGCCCUCUGGAUGCCCGGCACCUGUUCUUUGACAAGUGCUGGAAGAAAACACAGCAGUACUUUCUGAAGUGCGAUCCAGGGAGCACAACGCCACUUCCCCUUGCUCGCCUCGCUAGGCAGGAUGUGGCAAACAUGGUUGCCGAGGCCAAGGGUGUUGCAAUUGUUGGGGGGCACCCGUACACUGAGGCAGGGAUAGAGCUAAUGGCCUCUAUCAGAGGCAUGCGGUUCAAGAUGCGGGAAAUUAAUACCAUUGAGUCCCUGCGCUACUUGAACAGCAUGCGCCUGGUCUACGAAUUGUUUUUUGACUUACUGGCUCCCUUGCUCUGCCAGAAGAACCUGAACGAUCCGGGCAUGCUGGCAGCUUUCCUUGUGUCUCGCGCCGAUGACCACCCGGCAGCCUUUGCGAGGGCAGACUUUCGACAAAUGUAUGUUGGCCUCGCCAAUCGAUGGUUUGCGCCUUUUGCCUGCUUUCUAGGGACAGAAAUGAGUCUCGAUGAGCCUGAAUUGACCACCAAUGCCUCUGGAGCUGGGAAAGAAGAUUGGAAAUUAGAGGCUACGCAGCUCAAAGAACACACCGAAACCUAUGGAAGGCUAUUCGACUUCUCUGCGCAAUACUGGAGAUCUAAUGGUCAUGCGGAGUGGGCACCCAUUGGAGCAAAGUACACAAGGCUGAAAACGACUUCCGUCACUGGUGGAAACGACACAAAACGUCAAGAGUUCCUGGAGACUGCGGGCGAGGUUGAGAGACGACUCAACAAAAAGCUUUGCAAUGCUCGGUCAAGAGAAGCCGCGUCGAAGAUCGAGAGUGACAACGCCGGGCGCACCUACUCCUUUCUCGAUGGCUUUGCGGUCCUGUCGGCACAAAACUUUAUGCUUCACUUCCUCAAUGUUGUCUGCUUCGAUGCUAUUAUAAAAUGGAGUAACCAUGUGGAGCAAUCGCCUGGCCAAGUAUCCUGGAUCACUGAGGACCUGGCACAGUACCGAGACCUUCAGAUGAGAGAACGCUGUACUGGGAUAGAUAGGCCUUGGGCCGACCUUGGCCUGCAUCUGGGCGAUCCUCGCGGCAUCUCUUCUGAGCAGGCUAGACACCAGCCUUACACCAAACCCCACCGCCGAAAUGACUCAACAGGGGCCGAACCGUUGGUCAUACCAACCCUUGAGGCGCAGCGCCUAGAGAGCAUCACCGUGUUCCAGGAACUGAUGAAAGACAGCUCGACAUUCAAAUCGCUGUUCAAGGUUGAGCUUGAGCAUCAUCAUGGGUGGAUUCGCGACAAGAAAGACCAAGUUCUAGAGAACCUUGACAAAGCCUCAAACUUGCCGCAAGCUAUCGUGACGGAAGUGACUCUAGACAUCAUCGAGCGUGUUUUUCGAAGAAGGAUCCUCGAUGUAGAGUUUUUCCAUUUCGUUCACGAGCACUACAAUCGCUUUACGGAGAGUCCCGCCUCUUUGUCGACUUCGGACUGGCUAUUCCUUCAGGUCCACGCCCGCGAGUUUGCGAGUCACUACUGGCAUGAUCUUUCUCGUCGUGGUAUUUGGCAUGCUCAGCCCAGAUGGAGGCAGUAUUUUCGCAGGAGCACGAAGUUCAGAAGCAUCGCCAACGGAUUGCCCCAGUACCUUCUACCCGUCGGCAUGGAAACGAAAGAUCAGCAACAGUGGUUCGUGCUCAACGACGAUGGUGUGAACACAGAUGAGGAGCUCAAACAGCUGUUCAGCCUCACUGGUCACCUCAUGCAUCGUUUCGUCACACAAAAGGAAGCAGCGGCAUUUGUUGGACUGGGCAACCUUCUCGAUACGCUGGCCCCUCUGCUUCCUCGACUGAGGCACCAUAAGUUCAUAUCUGAUUAUGUCUUCAAGACCAUUGAAAACCUCAAUAUUUGCGUCCAGAUGGUGAAGCAGCUCGACUUACACCGCGACGGCGAGCGGGAGCUUCGACCCUAUUUGGACAACGGGCCUGGCCAGACCUCUGAGCCACCCCGAUCAGCGUUGCUUCAAAGCCUAUCGACUGUACUGGACGAGGUCUUCCCAAAGGCAUCACACUAUACCAGGCAUCAAGCAUUGAAGUCCCUCAGUCCUUUACUGCAUGGGAAAUCACCAAGUGAACGAGAUGCGUCCAGAACCAUUCGAGGCAUCUGGUAUGCAUUUGUAGUUCGAAUCGCCGGCUAUGAAAUCAAACCAGAAGACGCUGCCUCUCUUGAUGAUGCUCCGCAUACUAAGCUUGACCCUAAGAACAGACAAGAGAGCCUAGUAGGACCGGGCUUAAUGGAGCAUUGGGGAAUUAUUAUUCAGGACCGGACGGAGCAGCUUGAGACCCUUUCGAGCUCUCCAAGCUCCCACAAGUCAACACCGCCAAAGCCACAGACACCACCUCCGCGCGUUGAGCUCAGAACGACAACAUCCCCAGCCCAUCACCCACCAGGCUGGGUACCAGGGCAGAACACAAACCCACGCCCUAGGCUGCCUCAGGAGGCUGCUGCACCUGUCGUACCUGAACCCCCACCUGUGCCAGCCGAACCGCUCCCGCCACUGGCGCCCGACAUCUGGCGGAUAUUUGAUAACAUUUUCGGUGGCUAUGAGAACUACAGCAUGUCGCAAUUGGUGCAGGCUUUCAAGGCUAUAGGAUGGAGAGUGGAGCAGAGCGAAAAUGGUCUCAAUUUCCUGUGGUCUCCGGAGUGUCGGCUUCCGGCACCUGUCAACAGCGUGGCAAUGCAGAUCCAUCCGUACAAGCACAAGAAGCCGACAGCAAAGGUCCAGUCGGAGGCAUGGAAGUCCGGCAACAGGAACCGGUUUGAGGAGCGCGGCGUCUCCCAGCAAUCUCUCCAAACUCAUUACAGCGGUUGUCCCGGCUGGCAUCGGCGGAAGUAUGAUUUGGAGCUUGCGACAUGA